AUGGACCCUUCUCUCCUACCAGUGUCUCUCUCGUUUGGCAUCUUUUUGUUAUGUUGCUGGUUCUACCUUUCACGUAACCGUCGACGUGUACCUCUUCCUCCUGGUCCCAGGGGUUUUCCGCUCGUAGGUAGCCUCUGGAAUGCCCCGGUGGAGUACCCAUGGGUCACCUAUGCUCAAUGGACAGCCACCUACGGCGACGUUUUGUACUUGGAUAUUCCCGGAAAUCCAACCGUUGUAAUCAACUCCGCCCAGGCAGCAGUGAAUCUACUGGAAAAGCGUUCCGGGAAUUACUCCGAUAGACCAGAUUUCACUAUGAUACAGUUGGCAGGAUGGGAUUUCAACCUGGGUUUUAUGAGAUACUCUGAACAAUGGAGAAUGCAUAGGCGGAUGUUUCACCAAUACUUUCAGCUGCGUGCUGUUCCCGAAUACUAUCCUGCGCAAAUGAAAGCGACAUCGGUCUUGCUACAACAGAUUUAUUCCGGUUCAGUCAUCAUGAAAACCGUCUAUGGAUAUGAUGUUAACGCAGAUGACGAUAAAUUUGUAGAGUUGGCGGAUCGUGCGCAAGAAAGUGCAUCCGAAGGAUGGUUUCCUGGUGCAAGCUUCCUGGGUCUUGCGGACACCUGGAGAAAGGAUAUUCUGUCGGUCGUCCUUUCCACAAUACUUGUUUUUCUUCUUCAUCCGGAGAUACAAACGAAGGUCCAAGCCGAGCUAGAUGCUGUUGUUGGAUACACUAGACUCCCAAAUUUCGAAGACCGGCUACAGCUGCCCUAUAUCGAAGCCAUUCUGUUGGAAGCGCUGAGAUGGAAUCCUGUUCUUCCACUGGGUGUUGCUCAUCGUAGUCUCAAAGAUGAUGUUUACAGAGGUUACUACAUCCCUGCGGAUUAUCUCGAGUCGCCCCAUCUUGACGCUCAAUGUAGGGCCAUACUGCAUGAUGAGAGAGACUAUCCCAACCCAAUGGUUUUCGAUCCCGACCGAUUUAUGCCCGGGGACGGGAAACAACUUCAACCUAACCCUACAGCCGCUUUUGGUUUUAGAAGACGGUGCGAUAUGUCCUGGCCGUUAUUUCGCGCAUGGAUCGCCAUCGCGUCAAUGGCAUCGACGUUGUCAUUUUCCAAGGCCGUAGAUUCUGAAGGCAGCGUUAUUGAACCUAGCGCUACCUUUACAGAUGGCCUCCUGAGCUUUCCCGCGCCUUUUAAAUGCACGAUCAAGGCGCGCUCAGCUGAGGCCCAAGCGGUGAUAAAUUCGGGCGGAUUGUAA